AUGACGUAUCACAUAGUUCAAGUUGACAAUUCACGUCUUUCUGAAUUCAAUCGUAUAUCAAUAUCAUUUGAAGUUCAUUCUAUUUAUGACGUCAUUGAAGAUCAAGAGAAAAUCACGCUUAUUGAACGACCUCUUCUUACAUCGUAUGUAAAAGAUUAUGAUCAACUUGAAUCAAAUUCACCUCAUUCAUGGAGCAGUAUGGAUACGAGUGACUGGGGAAUCUUUCUUGCACUUGAUACAACUGAUAAUGACAGGCCGCCUAUAGGUGGAGCAAUUGUAAUUAUGCCUGAAUGUACACUAUGGGAUUUACGUGUUUUGCCUACAUAUAGACAUUUAGGCAUUGGACGAGCUUUAUUCAAACACGCUAUUGAAUGGUGUAAACAGCAGGGAAUAACAACGCGUAUGAGCAUUGAAACACAAAAUACAAAUGUAAUUGCUUGUCGAUUCUAUGCAGCUAUGGGAGCUCGAUUAGGUGACAUCGAUAGAAAAGCAUAUGAACAUAAUGAACAAGUUAAAGAUGAAAUCAGAAUUAAUUGGUAUAUUGAUUUUAACUCAUAA